CGUAGGUUUGUUCCAUAGAAAGAAGAAAAAAAGCUAAAAUGAGCUAAGUAGGAUUGAAAGGCAAUAUACAAUUCGAGUAAUGUACAAUAGUUCCAAGGACAAAUGGCACAGCCGAAGUAAAUACUGCUGUUUUGAUUUGGGAAGGAACUAAAAAAAGAAUAAAGGAGAUGUUCAACAAGGUUGAUCUCUCUGUUUCAUCAUAUGACACUGCUUGGGUGGCAAUGGUCCCUUCUCCAAAUUCCGGGAAGGAGCCUUUCUUCCCUGAAUGCGUAAAUUGGUUGUUAGAUAAUCAACUUCAUGAUGGCUCAUGGGGUCCUCCUAAUCUGCAUCAGUUGUUAACAAAAGAUGCCCUCUUAUCCACGUUAGCCUGCAUCCUUGCACUAAAGCGAUGGAAUAUCGGUGAAGAACUAAUUGACAGGGGUCUGCAUUUUAUCGAGUCAAAUUUAGCUUCAGCUACUGAUGGAGAGCAACCAUCUCCUGUUGGGUUUGAUAUAAUAUUUCCUUCCAUGAUUGAAUCUGCAAUGAAUUUCGAUGUGACAUACAAACUGAGCUUAACAUGCAGGUUUGGCCGUUCCAUUAUGCCAUUGUUUAGAGGCAACAGAAGCAACUCAGAGGGGUGGAGAACCUAUCUCGCAUAUAUUUCAGAAGGAAUCGGAAAGUCACAGGACUGGGAGAUGGUCAUGAAGUACCAGAAGAAGAAUGGGUCAUUGUUUAACUCACCAUCAACUACUGCUGCUGCUUUUACUCACCUCAACAAUGCUGGUUGUCUUAGUUAUCUACGCUCACUCAUAGAAAAGUUUGGAAGUGCAGUUCCAACGAUUUAUCCUCUAGGUAACUAUGCUCGCCUUUCCAUGGUUUCCAGUCUUGAAAGUAUGGGCGUUGAUCGACAUUUCAGGAAGGAAAUAAGGAGUGUACUCGAUGAAACAUACAGACAAUGCUGGCUGCAGGGGGAUGAAGAUAUAUUUUCAGAUGCUGGCACCUGUGCUAUGGCAUUUCGACUCUUACGUCUUCAUGGAUAUGAUGUUUCUGCAGAUCCAUUAAGUCAAUUUUCAGAAGACAGUUUCUUCAAUUCCCUUGGAGGAUAUCUGAAGGACACUGGUGUUGCCUUGGAACUUUUUAGGGCUUCAGAAGUCAUCAUUCAUCCAGAUGAAUCAGUUCUAGAGAAACAACAUUACUGGACAAGUCAUUUCUUGAAACAGGAAUUAGCAAAUAACUUAACUCAGGCUCAUAAACUCAAUAAGCAUAUUGAUCAGGUGGAUGAUGCUCUUCGGUUUCCUUCCUAUGCAACUCUGGGUCGGUUAUCAAGCAGGAAAGCAAUAAAAUAUUACAACACUGAUAGUACAAAGAUUUUAAAAUCUUCUUAUCGUUGUUCAAAUGUUGGGAAUGAAGACUUCCUAAAACUGGCAGUGGAAGACUUCAAUAAGUGUCAAUCGAUACAUCGGGAAGAACUCGAGUAUUUUUCAAGGUGGGUUGUCGAGAGCAGAUUAGACAAGCUAGAAUUUGCUAGGCAGAAGCAGGCAUACUGUUACUUCUCUGCUGCUGCAACCAUUUUCCCUCCUGAACUAUCAGAUGCCCGCAUAUCAUGGGCCAAAAACGGAGUGCUUACAACUGUGGUUGAUGAUUUCUUUGACGUUGGAGGUUCUGAAGAGGAACUAGUCAACCUUGUACAAUUGAUCGAGAAGUGGGAUGUGAAUGCAAAAACUGAUUCUUGUUCUGAGCAAGUUGAAAUCAUAUUUUCAGCAAUUAAGAGCACAAUUAAUGAGAUUGGAGCCAAUGCAUUCCCACGGCAACAGCGCAGUGUAACAAAUCACGUCAUAGAGAUUUGGUUGGAUUUGGUUAAGUCUAUGCUGAAGGAAGCUCAGUGGUUGAUAAACAAUUCGGCGCCGGCACUGGAUGAAUACAUGGAAAAUGCAUAUGUAUCAUUUGCCUUGGGACCGAUUGUGCUUCCAGCUCUCUAUUUGGUAGGGCCUAAGCUCUCAGAGGAGGCUGUACGGAGUUUCGAAUUCCACCAGUUGUAUAAACUUAUGAGCACCGGUGGGCGUCUUCUCAAUGAUAUGCAAACCUUUAAGAGGGAAUCUGCGGAAGGGAAGCUAAAUGCUGUUACAUUGGCCAUGCUUCAUGGCAAUGGCAGUGCUACUGACGAAGAGACCUUCAGUGAGAUGAAGAGCAUUAUAGCCAUUAAGAGGAGAGAACUGCAAAGACUAGUUUUGCAGAAGGAUAGCUUAGUUCCAAGAGCUUGCAAGGACCUGUUUUGGAACAUGUGCAAAAUUGUGCACCUAUUUUAUGCAAAGCACGAUGGAUUCAGGCAUGACUUGAUGAAAACCGUAAAUGGACUAACCGAAGAACCGAUCAUUCUCAGUGAAUUGCAAGUAGAAAGUAAAUGAAUGGCAGGUCCAUCAAAGCUACAGAAUAGUGUUCUGUGCCAGUUAUUGGACGUGGUUGAAGUCUGAAAGUAAAAUAAACAGCAGCAUUCUUUUAUUUCUUGGAUAGUUUCAUAUUUCUUGUAAACAAAGCG